AUGAAAGCCCUCAUUAAAGCUAUUAUUUUUUCUUUAUUUUUUGUUUCAAUUAAAACGGCAGACGAACAAACUUGUUUAAGUUGUAUAUGUAAGCAUGAAUCUUUUGGAUGUACACCUCGUCCUUGUGCAUGGGAUGAUGAUGCUGUUAGUUGUGGAUACUUUCAAAUUAAACAUGUCUAUUAUCUCGAUUGCGGCACUCCUGGCCUUAGAAGUGGAGAAAGUACAGAGGAUGGGUGGAAGCGAUGUGCUUUAGAUUAUGGUUGCUCUGUUCAAUGCAUUAGAGCUUAUAUUAACCGAUAUGCAAGUCAGUGUAAUAGACCAAUUAGUGAUUGUGAGAGAAUGUCACGUCUUCAUAAUGGGGGGCCAAAUGGAUGUUCUUUAGCUAGAACUGAUGUUUAUUGGAAUGCUGUUAAACAAUGUGCUGGAGGAAAAUAAAAAGAAAUUAGAUGGAAAUUAAUUUUGGGAUUUUAGAUUAAUUUGGCAUUACACAAAUUAUUAUUUUUUAAUUAUUUUUUUGUUAAAAUUACAAAAUAUUUUAUAAUUACAUAUUUGAGAGAAUCGUACUUCCGCUGUACAUUUUUUCCUGUGGAUUUUUUUAGACCUUCGUCAUUUUCGACCGACCCCUGGUGCAGACUCGAUUUUUCUCUUUUUCUUUUCUCUAUUUUUUCGCUUGCUAUUCUUAGGAUAAUGUCAUUUUUGAGGUGCCAACUUCGCAAAGCUUUAUCACUAUAAAACUCUGUAAAUUUAAAUUUUGUCUGAUA